UACAGACUCAGAUGAAAUGAAUAUUCCAGUAUUAAAUGGAAAUGAGGGAACACAGAACAGACAAGAAUCAUCCGAUGUAAGUCUUAUACUCCGGAGGACAUCCGAAAAAGCAAUAGCCAUCUUCUAUAGCAGAAGCAAUGAUAUUAGAUACAGAAGUAGCUGUUAUAGCGAAUUUUGAAUUUUUGGGACAUACAGACAUGGACAUGGAAGAGGAAGAAGGAGAUGGAGACGAUGAAAUUUAUGAUGCAAAUACAGAUACCAAACCAAAUAAAGCAUCUAUCCCCCUUCUAGUGGAAGAUGUUGAUACAGAUGCAGAGGCAGAAGUAUUAAAUGAAUUAAAUCUCCUCACAGAAAUUGAAGAAUCGCCACCUGGUUCUAUCCAUAUGGAAAUGAAUUCUCCAAAGGGGUUAAUAAAUCCCUUUUUAUUCGUUUAUUACAUAGAAGAUUACAAUAAGAUCCAAGACGCCCAAAUAAUAAAGAAGGCGGUGACUCCACGCUGGAAUUAGGAGAAUUAGAAAAAUUAUAUGUUAACAAUGAUGCAGAAAUAUCGUACGAUGUAAGUUCCAAGAAUUUUCC